AUGGGAACCCACUUUACUCGCGCUCAUCCCACCUAUCAUAAUAAACAACCGAGAAGACGUACUGAACUAAUCUCACCGCAUUGGUUUAAAUUAGUCCAAUCGAAGCGAUUUCUGCUGUCAAAACAGCCACAACAGAUAUCAUCUCAGGAUCGUUUAAUGUCCACGCCAUAUCGUUAUGAAAUCAAUUGCGGAAAGCCAAACCAUGCGGGACAACGAAUGCAACAAGCAGCACAAAUCGAAGAAAUAUACAAUUCACAACAAAAAGAUAUAAAACGUGCCUCUUAUGAACAAUUUAAAGCAAAUUGGGCAGAAAAAACAGCUUGGUCAUCUGUGGCGAAUAAGGAAAAUGCGAUUAACAAACAACGAAAACAUGAACUACUACUCCUACGUAAAGCUCACCUGACCGCAAGAAAAGCAGCCCUAUCAAUGUUACUUGCUGAUGAACAACAAACGUAUGAAAAUGAACUUUGGUACCAUGGUAAAGCCAUUUACAAAGAUAUGACCAUCAUUAAUCCAAAAUGUCUACCUUCUGAUCUUUAUCAUUAA